AUGUACGUGGGUAACCUGGAGAUUCUGAAGUUGCUGCUCGACCAUCCCGGCAGCGAUAUCCCACAGGGGGUAAUGAAAUUGCCUCUUCUGUGUUAUGCUGCUUACAGGGGCGAGGAGAGUGUGGUCAAGCUUUUGAUCGAUCGAGGUGCCUCCCUUCAAGCAACUGACGAGCGCUACGAGCGCAAUGCGCUCAUCUGGGCAGUCGUCCGUGGUCACCGAGCUGCCUUUUCACAACUGUUGCAGACCCCCGGCAUCGGGUGGGACGAUCCGGACCGAAUGGGAAGGACGGCGCUCUUUUACGCGGCUCGGGAAAACCAUGAGGAUAUCUUCAGAGAACUGACCUCCCGCGGCAGCCACGUUCAUUGCCCGGAUCGAUUUGGCCUCACGGUGCUGGUUGUGGCUGUUCAGCACGGCCAUGAGAAUUUGGUCCGGGCAAUCCUUGAGAGCCAUCCAUUGACCCAGGAGCCCCGGGAUCGCUAUGGUCGCACUCUAUCGUGGUGGAUUCAGUCAACCGGCAAUGACUGGCUGCGAGAUAUCGUGGCUCGUUACGGGAUGCAGCUCGGUGAUCUUGGACAGGAGGGACAAGACUUGACUUAUUGUUAUACAGAGUCGAAUACGUCUUCAAAGCCCUGUGACAUCUGCACUCUUCCCCUAGCCCUGCAUAAACGGGAAAUUGAAUGCGGUUCUGGAUCCAGGAAAUACAGGAUAUGCCAUGUUUGCUGUGAGUUUGGCGCUACCUGUAAGGACUUCGCAGAGUAA